UUAGGGUUUCCAACCAACACUGAAUUGAAUCAACAAAAAAGAUGUCUGAGAAAAACACUAAUACUUCCGAUGACGGCGAAAUGACGUACUCGGUGGGUGAAAAAGUUCUGGUUUCUCACGGUCCUCGUAUCCACCAAGCCACUGAGGAUGACGACUGUCUGGGACCAAAUAUCAUCAGCCAAAUGCCGAAUGAUAUUCUUUUAAAGAUACUUUCUUUUCUACCAUUAAAAACUGCGGUGAUUACCGGCAGUCUCUCCAAAAGAUGGAGGUUUGUGUGGCCCUAUCUGAAGAGACUAGACUUUGAUGGUAGCGAAGCUCCUGAUGAGCACCUUGUGUAGAGCAGGCCAAGUAC